AUGACGGAGUCGGAACCCGCUAAUGGCGGCUGUGAAACGGAAGACCGAGCACCCCGGAUGCAGAUCGGCAGCAUCCGACUCGAGGGUCAGUCGUGGGUCACGGUCAUGGAUUGGCAGAAAAUGGUUUCGUACUUCAACAUGAUUCGAGCCGGAGAUAUAACCUUCCAUCAGCACGGCUGGCCGAUCAAUGUGACGCUGGAAUCAGCUAAGGGGAUCUGGGCGGAUCAAGAACAUAAAAUGAGAAGUGCUCUCGAAGGGGCGAUGAAACCAGUUUUCCCGAGGCUAGUGAGGGUAGGGAGUGAGAGUGAGCUUGAUCCAGAAUGUCAGGGCUCGAUGUUGAAAAUGCUUCUUGGCGUGAGAUCAAUGAAGACAUGGGCAAUCAAUAUGAUGGACGCUUCGGGUAAACUCCCGAAUGGAAUAUUCUCGGGUACAUCGGCUGUUUUCGGCAACUUCGACCAAUGUCUGUCAAUCGCGGUCGGGGAUCUGGACGAUGGUGGUUUCAGGGGGAAGUACUGUUACGUGAAAACAACAGCCCCGAAUCUCCCGCGGCCGUCUCUCGAGCCUUCUAAUGUUAUCGCCGAUGAAGAAUCCAUUCUCAACUGGUUCUACACUAACGCUUACUGGAUUCAACAAUUCGGAACCAGAAUGGGUGUUUGCGUUCCCUCGCAUUGCUCCGACGAAGAUGUCACGAGAAUGGUCACCUACGUUUUCUCCUCUAUAAACGCGGAAGGCAGAGUCAUUCACUGCUACGAGGACCAACCGCAAGAAUUCGACGGAGUUCAACUAUUCGUGCUCUUGUGCAUCUCGACCUUCUCUUUCUUCAUUUUCAUCUGCACGGUUGCAGAGCUCUUCCCCUUCUCUCGGCACUCCUUUGUGCACGAAGCGCUCACUAACUUCUCCGUGAUUUCCAAUUCGAGACAACUUUUUCAGACGAAAGAAUCGAAGCGCGAUAUCAAGAUUCUUCAUGGGAUCAGGGUGAUUUCUUGCGCGUGGAUCAUUCUCGGCCACAUAUAUUUUUUCACCGAUCUGGACUCUUUCGCGAGAUUCGGCAGUCUCCGAAAACUGGAAGAGCUAUUUGCGAACUUCCUCUUCACCGCAGUAGAAAACUUUUCCUUGCCGGUGGAUUCCUUUUUCGCGAUCACGGGACUUCUGCUCAUGUGGACUCACCGAGAAGAUGAACCUUUCUCAAUAAGAUCUUGGUUCUCGAAGAUGUGGCACAGAAUCUAUCGGAUAUAUCCUUGUUAUCUACUUCUGCAUGGAUUGUGCGUAUUGCUCCCGAGUCUCGGGAACGGACCCAUAUGGAAAGAGACGUUUUCCACGAUAAGCCGAAACAUGUAUUCAACGAGCUGGACGGAUUUCCUCUUCUGUAACAAUUUCAUCCAUUGGAACGACAAUGUCAUGGUUCACACCUGGUUCAUUGCUCUGAACGUUCAACUUUGCAUCAUCGGUAUACCGCUAGCUCAUUUCCUGCGGAGGAACACGCGCUUGACUGUCAUUGGCAUGACAAUCGCUAGUCUUUUCGGCUGCUUCCUGGCUUCAGGACUCAUUUAUUUCAAUCAGUACCCACCGACUAUGCUCAUGAUGACGUCACAGUAUGAGAGAGCGAUAGACUUCAUCAGCUACGUUUACUACAUGCCAAGCACUCAUCUAGCUCCCUUCUGCUUGGGCAUGAUUUUGGGACACUUACUGGUCGAAGGAUGCAUGCCGAAAUUCAACAACUUCAUCUUGCUCCUCGGGAACACAGUGUCUUUUCUGUGUAUGUUCGCGGCCGUUUUCGGGGCCUAUCCUUUCAGGGCAGGGUGGGCGAUCGACUACAUUUGGGUGGCGCUCUAUGGCGGCUUCCAUCGAGUUCUUUGGACUCUCCCGGUCUGCUGGUUCAUUCUCGUCUCACAAACGGGUCAAGGUGGAACCAUUUCCGCAUUUCUGUCUGCUAACUUCUGGCAGCCCUUUUCUUCGUUGAGUUUCGCUGCAUACCUGCUGCAUCCAUUGCCCAUUCUUCUCUACGUGGCUUCGACCAGGGAGAUACAGCAGCUGGAUCACUUUUACUUGACCAUCUUCUUCCUGGGCAUUUGGUGCCUAUCCCACAUACUCGCGUACGUCGCCUAUGUGACAGUGGAGCUCCCCUUCUCCGGUUUGGAGAGACUGCUGAGAUCCAGGGGUAGCUUGGGGAAUCCAUUCUCUUCGAAGAGUACCGAGUUAGCCACCGUUGAUUACGGGAGCUCAAAGGGCAUGAAGAUCCACGCCCAACCUUCGCUUCACACGACGCGCACGGAUGAUUGCAUAUUCCAAUUUGAUUCUGGAAUCACAACCCGAUACAAGCUUUAG